AACCCAAGCCUUGGGUUUUCUCAAACAACCGAGAAGCAAAUGAGAUCAUCAUCGUCGACAACAACGAGCACAACGCCGCCGCACUCGAUACCUCUGCAAAUCCAAGCCAAUCCUUCUGCUACUACUGCUGUCGGCCUUUUUCUUCUCCUGUCAAACCCAGAUCUAGGUUUUUCUCAAACCCAGAUUCCCCCGUCAGCUGCUUGGUGGGAAGGGCGGGGUUUGGUUGGUUCUUCAACUAUUGGAGUUCGGCUUCAUGUUCUUCAGCGUCGAGCGCCCAGGCGCUAGGCUUGCCCCAUGGAGAUGAGAUGGUUACCACCAUUGUCAAUUCGCUCUAAGCUUUCACCUUGGGUUCGAUCCUGUCUGCUUCGAGUUUGUGUUUGUUAGAAGCAGGAACGGCUUGAGAGAGAACCCAGAAUGGCCCCUUUGCAAACCUAGAUUUAUUCUAUAUUUAUCUCCCUCUCUGAUUUAUCUCUUACUUAUUAUUUUGAAUUCUCGGCCAUAAUUCCGAUUUGAUUUCAAUUCAACGUUUCUUGCAAUUUCAUAGCUUGAUUUUCACUUUUCUAUCCCCAUUGUUGCAUAUUGAGAGCUUGCGUUGAAGUAGGUAGCAAGAUUUGAUUUUUCAUUCUGUUCAUUAGAGUUUUCUCCUACCCACGCUAAUCUGGGUUUGCUCUAAAUUAGUGCUUUUUUGGGAUUUAGUGUGUUUUCCCUUCUGCUGUUUAUCUUGGAGCAGAUAGUCUUAUCGGGGUUUUGCUCCAAAAAAAGUUCGAUCCUUUGUGGAUUUUAAUGGAUAUUUUGGUGUCUCUAGGAAGUGGGUUGCAGUUUGUGGAAGCUUUCAAGGAUAUGUGUUUGUCAAGUUCGUGUUCUACUGGUGUUAGGUAUUUAUUGGUGGGUGAUUUUAUGAGCUGCUUGCGAGCUUAGUGUUUUUUGAAUUGUUUGUCCGAUGGAGAAAUGAAAUUAAUGAAUAAUU